AUGAAAUUGGAGGUACUUGAUGAAAGAAGUAGAGAAGAUGUAAGAGAAUAUGGACUGGAACAGACAGAGUGGCUCGACACUGCCAGUACGGGAGGUUGA